AACGAGAUGGGUGGAUGUCACAUGAUCACAUGAACUCAAAAUGGCGGCCGACUUAACUUUCGGGUCGGUCCCCCCGUUCUACAGAGAAAUUUAUGAAAUCGUGUGCCCCAAUCAAGAACAAGUUGAUCAGGACAUGUUUGUUGCAAUCCUUGUUAAAUCGAGUCUGCCGAGGUCAACUAUUAUCCAGAUAUGGGAAGCAGCUGAUAGCAAGCAAGGUUUUCUGUCCCGUAAUGGCCUCUACAAGGCCCUCGCUCUUACAGCAUUAGCUCAGCAAGGGAAGAAUAUCAAUGAAAAAUUGCUGGAAUCAUUUUCUGGGCAAGAGUUACCCAAGCCAACAUUAGGUGAUUUAUCAGACCUCAAAGCUGCCAGUGUUCGACUUAAAAGAGAAAAGUCUCCAAAUGUUUUAGGCUUUACAUACGCAGAACUCUCUGAAUUAGACACUGUGAAAGUAGAACUUUUGCCUGAGAAGAAAGGUCUUAUCUUGAAACAUGUGGAAUAUGAAGUCACUAGUCAGAAAUAUAGCUGCACGACACUGCGACGUUACAAUGACUUCCUUGCCUUCCAUGAACUGCUGUUGAUGCGGUUCCCGUACAGAUGUAUCCCCCGGCUGCCUCCAAAGAAAAUGAUGGGAGCGAACAGAGAAUUUAUAGAGCAUCGGUUGAAAUGCUUGCGGCGCUACUUGAACAUGAUAUCACACCAUCCUCAGAUGCAUGAUGACAAACUUGUUCAGUUUUUCCUCUCUUUCAGCGGUUCGGAUUGCCAACAGAAAAUCCGGGAAACUUUCCGGGGAAUUCCGGAUGAGUUUAUGACCAGCAAUCUUGCAAGUAGGGCUAAGGAUUUGGUUCCCAUGGAUACCCAGACACAACUUAGCAACAGCAAGGAACACAUCAAAAUGCUUUUCAACAGUCUGUCAAAGUUAAAAGACAUCUGCGAACGCAUGGUUUUGCGUGCCACAAGCUAUGCAAGUGAUAUGUUGCAGUUUGGAAAGGAACUGAGUUCCAUGAGUAACGACGCCAUGCCUGUCUCUUCCUGGUCCUGUGGUUCCAACGAGACGUGGCGCCACCUCAAAAAGGGAUUCAAGCACCUGUCAGUGGAGUAUGGGGCACUAGGGGACAAGGCCGCAAAGGAGGCCAAUGACACAGAAGACCAGGUUGUGGAGAAGUUAUCACUGUUGCUAGAUCUCAUACAAUCCUAUCGGGAUCUAUGUGAGCGUCAUGAGAAGGGUGUACUGCAGGACCAUCAACGGGCCGUACAGAAGAUGGGGCAGUACAAGAAGAAAAAGAUGUCAGCAACUGUACAGAGCGCAGAGGUGGGCACAGUAGAGCAGCUGGAACAGAAGAUCCUGGACCAGGAGAGUCAGAUAGCCAACAUGGAGAACCGUAACUACUACAGCCUGCACUGCCUGCAGAUGGAGACCCAGUUGAUACACGCCAACCUGGACAUCGUGUAUGAGGUACUGGAGGCAACUGCCACCGUACAGUCACAGUCACACUCCGAGCUGGGCAAGGUGUGGGAAGCCAUCGGUCCCAUCAUCAGUGCCAUACAGCAGGAGAGCAUGGGGUCACCGCGUAACUCGUUAUCACCCAUCAACAACAACAACAGAAUCACAGUGUAGGUUGAUUAUCAACCAUCAACAACAACAGAAUCACAGUGUCGAUUGAUUAUCAACCAUCAACAACAACAGAAUCACAGUGUAGGUUGAUUAUCAACCAUCAACAACAACAGGAUCACAGUGUAGGUUAAUUAUCAACUAUCAACAACAACAGAUCUGCAUGGAUUGUAAGGAAAUAGUUAUCACCCAUCAAAAACAACUGAAUCACAGUGUAGAAUGUCCAACCCAUCAACAACAGAAUAGCGGAGCAGAUUUUAUGGUUCUCAACCAUCAACAACAACAAAAUCAGGGUGUAAAUUUAUACCCAUCAACAACAACAGAAGAACAGCAUAGACUGUGAUGGAUACCAAAUGUAACUCGUUAUCCCCCCAUCACCAACAACAGAAUCAGUGCGUAGGGAUAGGUUUCUGUCUCCCCCCCCCCCCCCUCACCCAGUUCUUUCAUUCUAUCAUAUACAGUUCAGUUGAUUUGAAUGAGCCUUCUUCUGGGGAAACAUGAUUUAAUGCAUAUGGGUAAAGUGUUGUCCCACAUUAGCCUGUGCAGUCAGCACCGGUUAAUUUGGGAUAAUACUUUAGACACAUUAAUUUAACCCCACAAGGAACGAGGCUCAAAUGAGUCGCGUUCUGAGAAAACUGGGCAUAAUGCAUGUGUGUAAAGUGUUGUCCCAGAUUAGCCUGUGCAGUCUGCAGAUCGCACAGGCUAAUCUGGGACAACACUUUACGCACAUGCAGUAUGCCCAGUUUCUCAGAACACAACUCAAACUAUUGUAUCUGAUACAACAUUGGUGAUUACCUGCAACAUUUUUACAUUCAACCCUCGUCAUGCAUUUGGCCCCACUCAAAGUCAGGUCAGUUAUCAGUCAGACAAUGUUUUUGUCAAUAAUUUUGCUUGUUAAAAGCCUUAAUGUUGGUGUGUGAAAAUACAUGUUGAUUCCCUGUGUUUGACUGGUUCAAUAUUCUGCAUUUGUUAAUAAAUGUGUUAUUCACACUUAUGUUAAGAAUGUCUAAAAUUAGUUUCACUGAUUUGAGCCGGUCUCUGGAAACCAGGCUCAAUGCAUGUGUGUUAAGAAUGGUCACAGGUUAAACUGAGCUGUCCUCACAGGCUAAUCAGGGAUCACACUUUUUGCCUAGACUUUGUUUUUUGGGUUCAGAAGAGACUUUCUUUAAAUGGUAAAUUCUAUUCAAGAAUCUGGUUACCCUGAUUAGCAUGUGCGGACUGCUCAGUCUAAUCUGAGAUGAUAUUUUGCGCAAAUGCAAUAAGUCUGGUUUUCCCAGAGAUUAACUCAUCUUAUUGCUCAUAGUUUGAUUUUCCUUACAGUAAGGUAAUGCAAAGAGUAUGUUUUAUAUGUGGUUAUUUUAGUCAAAAUAGAAAACCACAUGAUAAAAUACUGUUGCUGCACAAUGUUAUGUAAAAUAUUCAAACAUUGUUAUAUAAAAAAUCCUACAAAAGUUUUAUCAUUUUAAAUUUGAGACAUUUGCUGAACAUUUUGUUAAGCAUUUUAUCUAUCAGAUAUUUCUAGUGCAAGUUUAAGAUCUGCUUAAAAUAUCUGUUUAAUGUCUGUUAAAAAAAAGUUUACCCUGAAGUUCAGUUUUGAUCACAUCUUUUGUUUUUUUGUAUGUUUCUUGCAACUUGAUGCCCUUCUUUGAUCUACCUUAUAUAGAUUUACCUGAUUUUUACUAGAUUUAGCUGUUUCAUUUCGCAUCAACAACUCAUACAAUGUUUGGUUACUGAAAUAGUAGUUGUGUGUUAUCAUUCCCAAUCCUACAUAUUAACAGACUGUGGCCUUUGUUAACAUUUGGACCAAUAUUUAUCCCUUUCCCCCAUUAAAGCAAAGUGAAAAUGGCUUUUGCAACCAGCAUAAAACCAGAACAGCCUGCAAGUAACUCUCAGUCUGUUCAGGUUGUAUGCUGUUUGCUGCUCAUUAGUAACUCAGGGUUGGAAAUGAAGACUUUGAAACUUGAAUUUAGUAUUACAGGUCUUUGAAUAAAUUUAACUUUUAAGGGACUACAAAUGCGUCAAAAUACGUAUCUAAGUGGUAAAAGGGAUAAUUAUUCUAGUAAGCUAUUUUUCUGUAAACUUUUUUAUGUGUGGUAAACUGCCAACAUGACUUGCUAUAUUUUCAACAACACACAUUCUGAUACACUGCCUGUAUAAGACCACUCAAACAUAUCACCGAAUUUCACUUUUACCCUUGCCUACUAUAGAGGUCAGGGUCUGUGUUUUUUGUAUUCCUGAAAUAAGUGCUCAGUAAUGUUUUAACGUGCUGUAAAUCUUUUAUGAAGACUUUUAAGUUUUCUCAAUUACUUGUUCGCAUGUAAUUGAUAGUGUUGUGUUUUCCUAGAUGUUAACUGUUAUUGAUUAUUUGGAAUAUUAGCAAUAUGUGUUUUUGUUAUCAAAACAUGUGUGAAUGGCUUCAGAGAGUUGCAUUAUUUUUAAUCAAAUUGAUGAUAUAAUUUAUGAAAAAGUUUUUUUCAUGCGUAAAUUUGUGUAAAAUCUCCUUAUCUCUGAUAGUUUUAAAGGGACUGUAUCUGUUUCAGAUUUUAAUAUUUGAGUCUCAUUCUGAGAAAACUGGGCUUAAAUCAUGUACUUUUAAGUGUUGACCCAGAUAAGCAGGUGCAGUGUGCACAGGCUUAUCUAGGAUGACACUCUUGCUUUUAUGGAUUUUUAUUUAUUUAAUGUUUACAUUAAGUAUCUUUUAUACAAAAAUUCACUCAAGGUGAAAGUGUUCUCCCUGGCUGAUUAGCCUGUGCGGACUUCACAGGCUUAUCUAUGAUGACACUUUAUGCGCAUGAGUUAAGCGCUGUUUUCACAGAGCGAGACACAUAUAUAAUUAUACAUUUGAGGAUUUGUCUGAUUUGUUUUAUGUUAAAUGUUAGUUUGUCAGUCCUUUUGUGUUAAUCAGCAAUAACUAUUAAUUUAUUUUGAUUCAAUAUUGACAUAGUGUUGUGUAACCCUUAAUGUCAGUAAAAAAACAGUGUGAUGUAAUAUUUGAAAUUUGUUCAAUUUUGUGCCUUGUGGGUCUCACUUUUGUGAAUAUUCUGAAUUUUUUACCAGCCUGACUCAAUAGAAAAUUUAGACACUUAAUAAUAAUUAUGUGCAUCACUCUGUGAAAACUGGGCUUAAUGCAUGUGUGUAAAGUGCUGUCCUAGAGUAACCUUUGCACUCCACACAGACUCACCAGGUUAGAUACCUAUACUUGCAGCUUUGAUUGAAUUUUUUUAUUGAACGAACAUCUUAUAAACAAAACCCCAGUGUUGGCAGAAAGUGUCAUCCCUGAUUAGCUGUACUGGGACAACACUGUACGAGCAUGCAUCAAACCCAGUGUUCCCCGAAAGUAGCUAAUUUACAUGUAUAACCCACAUAGUAAGUGUGCCAUUAAAUAACAGAAAUACUACAUAUGUCAAUACAGUUGUUGUAAGUAUAAAGGCUUGGCAUUUUAGUUGGUUAAUGUGUUUAACCCUUUGAUAUGUAUUUUGACGCAUUUGUGGUCCCUUAAAAAGUUAUUGUGACUAUUGUCCCCUACCGGUGAACUUAUGGUUUGCAUUCUGUCGGUCAGUCCGUCACACUUUUCUGGAUCUAACGAUAACUUUAAAAGUUCUUAAUAUUUUUUCAUGAAACAUGAACCAUGGAUAGAUGGCAAUAUGGACAUUUUGCAUGUCAUUUCAUUUUGUUCUUACAUCAAAAAUUAUGGUUGCUAUGGCAACAAAUAGAUGAGAAAUACUGCUGAAAAUGGUGGUUUUUUGGAUCCUGCAAUAACUUUAAAAGUUAUUCAUAUUUUUUCAUGAAACUUAAAACAUGGAUAGAUGGCAAUAUGGACAUUAUGCACAUCAUUUCAUUUUGUUCGUACGUCAAAAAUUCUGGUUUCUUUGGCAACAAAUAAAUUAAAAGAAAUCUGACAAUGGUGGAAUUUCUGACAAUGGUGGAGCCGGUAGGGGACAUAUAUUGCUUGGCAAUAGUCUUGUUUUUAAUUAAAGGCCUUUCUUACUACAUGUAGAUUUAAAUUUUAAUGGUUUCUUUUCAAACCCUUAAAUACUGAUUAGCAGCAAACAGCAUAAAACAUGAACAGACUGCCAGUUACUCGAAGGCGGUUCUGAUUUUAUGCUGUUUGCACACAGCCAUUUUCCCUUUGCUUGUGGGAAAUGGUCAAGUUACCUGUUCACAGAUUGAGAAACUUACAAUUUUGCGAAUUUGUGUCUAAUUUAAAUAUUUGACGUAGACAAAUCGUUAACAUAUAGAUAUAAGUUAUACUGUUUAUUAUUGUCAAUUUACUGAACUAUUCCUAAUGGUAGAAGUGACAAAAAAACGUUAUUUAAUGGCAUACUUCAAAAUGUACAGAAUUAUAUGAACAAGUCGGUUAAGAUCAGGCUUAAAACUUGCUGUAAAAAAUGCUUAUCUGUUUUUGUUUGUUAUAGAAUUAAAAGAUUAGUACUUAUUUAAUUAAUUAAGUUUGAUCAUUUGCAAAGUUGUAUCGUUAGGAAAGUCAAGAGAUUUAUUAGAUAUUUACAGUAUUAAGUCAAAAUAAUAUAAAGACUAAAGUAGCAAAAUCGUAUUGAAUCAAAUUAAUCUGUUAAGUUUGAUUUUUGAAAAGUUUGUAGGUUACUUAAGUUUAUUGAUUUAUUUGAUAUUAGUAGGAUAUCUACAGUAUUGUAUUAGAUAUUCAUAGUCAAAAUGAUAUACAUGUAUAGACAAAAAUAGCAAAAUGUUAUUUAAUCAAAUUAUUUUGCUAAUUUUAGUGUUGAAAUAGAUUUUAAAGAGCAGCAAUUAGUGCUACCGGUUAUUGUAAAGCAAUACAUACAUACUUGUGAUUUUAUUUGUAAAUUAAUGUCCAUAAUUAUGCACUAUAUGUUCCCAUGGUAAUGUAUUUGCAGCAGUGUUCAGUAUGCUAGUCAUUCAUAUAAGAGUUACGCAGUAGUUUAGUCCUGGUAUUGCAUUAAUCAAUCGUAGACCUCACAUUUUUUGCAGUAUUCUCAACUGUUGUGCACAAAAAUUUAUGAAUUGCAUUAAGUUUUAAUUCAGAAAUCUGAGUUUGGAAAAAUUGAGUAAAUUUAAAAAAAACUUGCAAGCUGUUAAAACUUUCCUGCCAUUAUUAUUAAGAAGUAUUAGUUUAAAUUCUUAUAAUUCCAUAACAUAUAUUGCAAUUAAUUUCCAAAAACAUGGAAAAAUGAUGUAAACCUAAAGUUUAUAAAAAAUACAAAUUUGACUAAUUGUUAUUACUGUGAAAAAAAUAGGAAAAAAAUAAGUUUUGAUGUUCCUUGUUAACUCCUGUAUGAGUGAAAAAUGUUAUAUCAGAAGUGUUUUUAUAAAAAAAGUGCUUGCCUUGUUAAAUUGUGAGUGGUAUUUAGGUACUGUCCAAAUCAUACCCUCAUGCUUGUUGUGUGAGAAUCUGUCUCUGACAUAGUACCUUUUCAACCUUUACUGGACCGUUGUUUAGAAGAAACUUCAUUUAUAUGAAAAAUUCCAUCAAGCGGAAAGCGUUGUCCUUGAUUAGCCAGAACUGACAGCAUGACACUUUAUGCACAUGCAUUAAGCCCGGUUUUCCCUAGCACUGCUUAUUUUUCUUCCAUUGUAAAAGUCUAUAAUUAUCAUUAUUAAAAAAUAUGUUUUGUUUAAAACUUAUAUAUUUGUAUAUAAACAGAUAUAAGAAUAUUGCUUGCAUGUUCUUUUAUUAGUUCUUCUGUGCUGCUGUACAAGUUUAUUUCCGUAUUCCUUGUAGCAUAUCUAGUUGUUUUUAUUAAUAUGCAUGUAUGCAUUUCCAAUUUCAAUGUCUAUGUACAAUUCCAGCGUCUAGUUGUAAUCAAGUUAUAUGCUGUAUACAAUUUGUUCAUGUCCGUUUGUCUCUAGAAAGUGAUAACACUUCAAGAAUGCCAUAUUUGUUUUUUUCCAUCUCCUCAUUGCAUUCAAAGAAUUAUUUUAACCAUUUUCAUGUUCAUUCUGAUUUUUAAAUACGGGGCUCUGUCUUAUAGUCAAUCCUUAUAAUCAAGACAGUACAGUAACAAUAUGCGACCAAUAUGUAAAUAAGCUUAAUUGCUGUAUGGAAUAAAUGCUAUUGAUUUAUAGGCCAUGUUAUUCCAAUAAGUAAUAUGAAUAAUUUAAACAAUCACCUGGUAUUUGUUAAUUACAUUUUGAACGAAUCUGUUGCUGUUGUCUGCAAUAAUUUAAUGCAAUAUGUAGAUUGUUUCUGUAUUGGUAAUG